AUGGCUAACGGCGUGGGGCAACAGCCGGUACGUUCUGCUGCACUUCUGCUCCACCUAAAAUCUUGCCCGAGCUCCGCCACUGGCCAUCCCCACUUGCCUCCCCAGAUACGCUGCCGCCUCCUAUCGCUCUCCUUCCUCCGCCGCGGCAUCCACUCCUCCGCGCCAACUUCGGCCGACGCCGCUACAGAUGCCACACUCCUGGGCCGCCUCACCCGCCUCCUCCUCCUCCACCGCUUCUCCGCCGCCGCCCGCCUCCUCUCCUCCUCGCCCCCCCUCACCCCUGCACUCCUCCACGCGGCGCUGUGCCGGGUCCGCCUCGACCCCGAUGCCGCGUUGCACCUCUUCCGCCUCGCCCCUUCCCGCCCCUCCCUCCUCGCGCACGCCCAGCUGGUCCACAUCCUCGCCCGCGCCCGCCGCUCCGCCGACGCCCGCGCGAUCCUGGCGUCCCUCCUCUCCGCGCGGCCCCCGGCCCCGCCUCUCUUUCCGCACCUCGUCGAGGUAUACAAGGAGUUUACUUUCUCCGCAGCCUCAUUCGACCUGCUCCUCCGUGCACUUGCCAACGCCGACCAACUCGACGGCGCCCUCCAGGUGUUCGACGAAAUGCGGACGCUCGGGUGCCGCCCUAGCAUGCCGUCCUGUAACAGUAUGCUCAACAGGCUAGCACAGACUGGGGACUUGAGCUCUGCAGUGGCAGUGUUUGAGCAGAUGCAGAGUGCAGGGACUCUGCCAGACAAGUUCACUGUGGCGAUUAUGGCAAAGGCUUACUGCAGGGUUAAGGGGGUGGGGCAUGCAUUGGAGUUCGUGGAGGAGAUGAGAAAGAUGGGUGUGGAGGUGAACCUAGUGGCGUACCAUGCGGUGAUGAUUGGCUAUUGUGAGGUGGGGCAGACCAAUGAUGCAAGAAGGAUUUUGGAGUCGCUGCCUGGGAGAGGUUUGUCACCAAAUAUAGUUACAUAUACAUUGCUUGUGAAGGGAUAUUGUAAUGAGAAGAACAUGGAGGAGGCUGAGGGGGUUGUUCGGGAGAUUAGGAAGAAUAAGCAGCUUGUGGUUGAUGAGGCUGUUUAUGGUGCAGUGAUCAAUGGCUAUUGCCAAAUGGGAAGAAUGGAGGACGCAGCUCGAUUGCUGAAUGAGAUGAUGGAUGCUAAGCUCCAGGUUAAUUUGUUUGUGUAUAACACAAUGAUUAAUGGAUAUUGCAAGUUGGGGAGAAUGGUGGAAGCACAUAACAUUUUGCAUGAAAUGGAAGGUGUUGGUGUGAGGCCAGAUACAUACAGUUACAAUAGCCUAGUUGAUGGGUAUUGCAGAAAGGGUUUGAUGAACAAGGCUUUUGAAACAUAUGAUACAAUGGUAAGGAAUGGAUUCACGGUGACGACAUUAACAUAUAAUGCGCUCCUAAAAGGUUUUUGCUCGCUUGGCUCAAUUGAUGAUGCACUUAGACUGUGGUUCUUCAUGUUGAAGAAAGGUGUGGCACCUAAUGAAAUCAGUUGUAGCACCUUGCUUGAUGGUUUCUUCAAGGCAGGUAAAACUGAGAAGGCCUUAAACCUUUGGAAAGAAACCUUAGCAAGGGGAUUAGCAAAAAAUAUAACCACAUUUAACACAGUUAUCAAUGGGUUGUGUAAGGUUGAGAGGAUGCCCGAAGCAGAAGAGCUUGUUGACAGGAUGAAGGAAUGGAGAUGUCCUCCUGAUAUUAUAACUUACAGAACAUUAGUUAGUGGUUAUUGUAAGAUAGGCGACAUGGAAAGAGCUACUCGCAUUAUGAAUGAAAUGGAAAAUUUAGGCUUUGCUCCUACAAUUGAAUUGUUCAAUUCUUUGAUAACUGGACAUUUCAUAGCUAAGCAACAUGGAAAGGUGAAUGAUAUACUCUUUGAAAUGAGUACUAGGGGACUUUCUCCUAACACAGUCACAUAUGGAGCUCUGAUUGCUGGAUGGUGUAAAGAGGGAGAUUUGCAUACAGCCUAUAACUUAUAUUUUGAAAUGGUUGAGAAAGGUCUGACACCAAAUCUUUUUAUUUGCAGUGCUUUAGUGAGUUGUUUCUACAGGAAGGGAAAGGUUGAUGAGGCCAAUUUAGUGUUGCAAAAUCUUGUAGGUACUGACAUGAUUCCAGAUAUCAGUGCGCCCAGACUUGAGAUAGGGAAAGUAGCAAAUGUCAUUGAUACUGUUGCUGGUGGAAAUCAUCUUUCUGCAAAAAUCAUGUGGAACGUUGUUAUUUUUGGUCUAUGCAAAUUGGGAAGGAUUGAAGAUGCUAAAAACUUGUUUGCAGAUCUAAAAAGCAAGGGGUUUGUUGCUGACAAUUUCACUUAUUCUAGCCUCAUCCAUGGUUGUUCUGCUUCAGGAUUUGUUGAUGUAGCUUUUGAUCUGAGGGAUAAAAUGUUGAGUGUCAGUCUCACUCCAAAUAUAGUAACCUACAAUUCUCUUAUAUAUGGUCUCUGCAAGUCCAGGGAGUUAUGCAGGGCUGUUAAUCUUUUUAAGAAGUUGCGGACAAAGGGUAUAUCCCCUAAUGCUAUCACCUAUAAUACAUUAAUUGAUAAGCAUUGCAAGGAUGGUUACAUAACAGAGGCCUUUAAGCUAAAACAAAGGAUGAUAGAGGAAGGUUAUAUGGAAGAAGCAAUCAAACUUCUUGAUCAAAUGAUUGAGAAUAAUGUAGAUCCAAAUUAUGUCACAUAUUGGACGCUGAUUCAAGGUUAUGUUAGAUGCGGUAACAUGAUAGAGAUUUCAAAGAUUUAUGAUAAGAUGCAUAUCCGUGGACUUCUGCCCACCAAUGUGUCUGGGGAUAUGCCAGUGACAUAUGGUUUGUAUGAGGAGGCAAAUCAUGAGGAAUCAUUUAUAUCUAGGCAUGAUAUGGCUGGUGUGUCUUUGAAUGACAACAAUCAGUUUCUGCUGAGAAUUUGCCGGGCAAAUUGGCCACAAACUGUCGUGCCAUCUUCAGUCUUAUCAAGUGAUAGCAUGCAUAUCGCUCUUCUUGCUGCAGCUGCUCAUGCUGCUUCGACAAAUAGCCGAUUUACAAUUUUCUACAACCCAAGGGCAAGACCUUUAGAGUUUGUCAUAUCGCUUGAAAAAUAUGUCGAGGCCGUGUACCAUACCCUUAUAUCUGUGGGGAUGCGUUUCAGGAUGCUUUUUGAGACAGAAGACAGAAGAGUCUAG